GUUGAUUUCAUUAACUAUCUCAAAAACAAGCAGCGUAAUGAAUCGUGAAAAGAUUCAGUGUAGAAAAUUAUUAUUUUGUGCACUAGUAGGUGUGUUUAAAUACAGUGUUAAGAGUAAAUAUCUCGGACUCUGAGGAAAAUGCUAACUAUACAUCACUUGAUAUAAAGACGUAUUGUGAAUAUUUCAAUAAUUACUGAUCUGACCCUGUUCAGUACCGUGAUUUUAGUGUACACACUUCUGUCAAUAUGAGCAAGUCGGAACAAGGGGAAGAAACAGACGAAAUAACCAUGACACCAUCAGAACUCCAUAUCUUAUCCGAAUUAGACAGUCGUCAGUAUGGUUUCUUACUUCUCAAUAAACCAGAGAAUGAAGCUAAAAAAGCUUUGGUAAUAAAGGCAGUCAAAUACUUAGAGUUAAUGGUCAUACAAGCAACAAAACAGCAUGUUGUUGAGAAAGAAAACGAGCCAAUAAAUCACAAAAAUAAGAAAAUUAGCAUAGACCCGAAGACCUGGGUUAAGUUGGGACAUUUUCAUUUGCUAUUAGAAGAGUAUCGAAAAGCUCUUUCUGCAUAUCAGAUGUUCUACAAGACCCAGGCUGAAAAUCACUGGCAGGACGCUACAUUUCUAUAUGGACUAGGAUUGGUUUACUUUCAUUAUAAUGCAUUUCAGUGGGCUGUUAAGGCAUUCCGGCAACUCCUUUACGUAUCUCCAGGAUUUCAGCGAGCAAAUGAGGUCAAUUUACGUCUUGGGUUGAUGUUCAAGAUCACCCAGGAGUAUGAAUCGGCCCUUAAGCACCUUCAGUUGGCAUUGGUAGAUAACAGUCCAUCGACCACACCUAAAAACGCAAUCAAAUUCCACAUAGCACAUCUCUUUGAAGUUCAAGGUAAAGUGAAGACUGCUAAAGAUAGAUAUGAACUACUUCUUCGGGACAAAACAUUAACACAGUCCUUACGUGCUGAUAUAUUUCGCCAACUGGGUUGGUUAUAUCACUGCCAUGAUUCUUUGGGCGACAAGAAUCAACGACUUCCACUAGCCAUUCAUUGCUUGCAGAGAGCUUUAGAUGCUGACCCCUCCGUAACUGGUCAAACCCUCUAUUUAUUAGGGCGGUGUUAUGCAACUAUUGGAAAAGUGCAUGAUGCCUUUAUUUCUUACAGAAAUUCUGUCGAGAAAUCGGAAGGGAAUGCUGACACAUGGUGCUCUAUAGGAGUGCUAUACCAACAGCAAAGUCAGCCUAUGGACGCAUUGCAGGCCUACAUUUGCGCAGUUCAGUUGGACAAAUGUCAUUCCGCUGCGUGGGCAAACCUAGGCAUAUUAUAUGAAACCUGUGGUCAAGCAAGAGACGCUUAUGCUUGCUACUUGAACUCAAACAGAGGUAUAGCGAAUAAAGGACACUCCGAGGAAGCCUUCAUUUCUGCAAAAACGCCGAAAAAUUGUUCAGGAUCAGUGGGCAUGAACCCACAUCUCACCCAAAGGAUCAAUUUUUUGCAGUCUCAACUUUCUAAUGCACCAAUGCCUAGCAUAACUAGUCAGUUUAAUGCUGAACAGGGGGAGAUUAGGUAUUGCCUUAUGAAUAACUUUUCUUCUAGUAGAAGACAGUUACUGUCAAUUGAAGAAGCUUGGAAUCUCCCCAUAUCAGCUGAGAUGUCCUCUAGACAACAGCAACAAUCAGCUAAUCAACAAACAAGAGCUGGAUCUCAAUCCUUGGUUAAAUCUUACUCUCAAGGUCCACCUCCCCCUUAUCCCUCACCAGGAGGUGGUGCAAUGAAAAGGUUUAAACCAGAUACUGAUCAGAAAUCGCAUACUUCGCCUCCAUAUUUAACAGCUCAGCAACUGCAGACCCUUCAUUACCUACAGUCCCACUCUGGCACAUUGACACCACAACAGCAGCAAGUACUGAAUCAGCUUCAGCACCAAUAUCGGCUUAUGCAUCAACAUCAAGUACGUAACCAAAGGCUGGCUCUCCCUAGUACACCUGUGACAGGAGCUGUAUCAACUACUACUAACUCCUUCCCAAGGUUAUCACCACAAAACAAUAACACCUCUCCCUUAGGCACGACCAAUUCAUUCUUAACAAAUUCGUCUGCCAUUGACAAGUUGGUACAUCCGAUUCCAGCAGUGGUUCCCAGUUGUGUUAAAGACUCUAUGCCAAUGAGUGAACAACAGAACGAUCUUGAUGUGAGCGAAGAAGAUUUGAAAGAUUUGCUAUCACAAAAAGAUUUGGCUACAACGUUGGCAGAGAAUCUUCUCAAACAUUUUGGAUCUGACGACAUAGAAAUAAAAGAUUCCGAAAACAAUACCUUGUCAUCUGGUCCUUUUUCACCUUCAAAUAAUGAAGCUGUUAGUGUUAAACAAGAGAAUCCACAAGAAAAUAAACCAGCAGAAAUACCAAAACAGGAAAAUAUGUUGAGGAUAAAAUCGGAACCACUUUGGGAUUUAGAUUCCAUGAAUACAACAGAAAAAAGGCAAGACAUUGAAUAUUCCAUUGACAUGGAGGCAAAGACCAUAUUGAAACUAUGCAAAGAUGAAGGUUUGAAGGGGGACAUAAGCAAUUCGUUAAUUUCUGACAGAUCACCUCCCCCUUCUCCUCCAGACCCCCCUAAUAUAAAAUUAAAUCAUCAACAACUUAUACCUCCAACACCAUCUGUUUUCUUGGACAACAAGAAACAUGCCUUCAGUCCUCAACUCCAAGAGUUUUGUCUCAAACACCCAAUAGCGGUGGUACGAGGACUUGCUUCAGCUUUGAAGUUGGAUCUAGGAUUAUUUUCUACUAAAACUCUUGUUGAAGCAAAUCCUGAUCACAGUGUCGAGGUUAGGACGCAAAUACAACAACCUUCUGAUGACAACUACGAUCCCCAAACUGGCAAGAAAGUAUGGGCUUGCAUCUCUCACAGGUCUCACACUACGAUAGCCAGGUAUGCUCAGUACCAGGCCUCGAGUUUCAAAGAUAGUCUGAAGGAGGAAAGAGACAAGUCUACAAGUGGGCUGUCGGAUUCAGACUCCAAGGAUUCUUCUAGUUUUGUUAGGAGAAAGAAAGGUGCUGCAGCUGCUCCACCAUCGUCGAAUACGAAAAACUGCAACCAACCUAAAAUGUUGAAGUUUGGAACAAAUGUUGAUCUUUCAGAUGAUAGGAAAUGGAGGCCGCAGCUCCAAGAACUUAUGAAGUUACCAGCUUUUGCUAGGGUAGUUUCAGCAGCCAAUAUGUUAUCGCAUGUUGGCCAUGUUAUUUUAGGAAUGAAUACUGUACAGCUUUAUAUGAAGGUACCUGGUAGCCGAACGCCUGGACAUCAAGAAAACAAUAAUUUUUGCUCAAUUAACAUAAAUAUAGGUCCAGGAGAUUGUGAAUGGUUCGCAACACCAGACGCAUACUGGGGUGCUAUUUGCAAUCUUUGUGAGAAAAACCAAAUAAACUAUCUUCACGGAUCGUGGUGGCCUAUUUUAGACGAUUUGUACAAAGCAAAUAUACCAGUCUAUAGAUUUCUUCAGAGACCUGGGGAUUUAGUGUGGGUGAACGCAGGUUGUGUACAUUGGGUACAAGCAGUAGGUUGGUGUAACAACAUAGCGUGGAAUGUUGGUCCGCUGACAGCUAGACAAUAUCAACUGGCUAUUGAAAGAUAUGAAUGGAAUAAGUUACAAAGUUUCAAGUCAAUAGUGCCAAUGCUUCAUCUGUCUUGGAAUUUGGCGCGAAACAUCAAAGUUUCAGAUCCAAAACUUUUUGCACUCAUUAAGAACUGCCUUAUGAGGACAUUGAGACAAUGCUCUAUGAUUUUAGAGUUUGUCAGGCACAAAGGUGUCGAAGUUAAAUUUCACGGUAGAGGUAAAAAUGAAGCCUCACAUUAUUGUGGACAGUGCGAGAUUGAAGUUUUCAACAUAUUGUUCAUUCGUGAGCAAGAGAAAAGGCAUGUUGUGCAUUGCAUGAGUUGUGCCAGGAAACAAUCUCCUAAUUUGGAAGGUUUUGUAUGUUUGGAAGAAUAUAAGAUGCAGGAAUUGUGCGAUGUUUAUGAUAAUUUUAUACUGCAUCCAACUAUUACUGCUUCAACUGAACCGUACAGGCUGUUAUAGGCGCUAAAUUACAUCACUUGGCUUUCUGAUGAAAAAUAGUUUACAUUGAUAUAUAAAAUGACGACAUGAAAUAAUGACAUAUCGAUUUUAAUUCUUAUACGCUAUAAUUGCAGAUAUUGAUGUUUUAAAAUAAUUUUUUCCUAUGGAAAUACAAGUCGAACAAUGGUAAAAGCGUAAAUUUGCAGUUUUCUUAUUUCAGUAAGCCUCCGAAAUCUGAAAAAAGCUUUCCAUAACCAUAAUAUCGAUAUAUGCAGUUGCAGAGUAGAAUUAAGCCGAUGAUGAAAAGUUCGUAUAUUAAAUGCAGUACUUAUAUAUUUAUGACUGAAAAGGUUAUGUACUGCAACCUACUGUGAUGUAAAUUUGUGUAAAUUUCCAAAUAGUAGUAGGGGAAAAAAUCAAUGUACAGUAUUUUUCACUAUUUGAAUAGCUGAUAAAUCAGAUUAAAACUAAAAUUACUAGAAUAAAAGUAAAUGACAAAUGACAUCUUACUCCUAAGUUGUUAGGGAUUUGGAUACUCUGAAAAUACCACUUGUACAAAAUUUUAAACUCACCCUUUUUGGAUUGCCAAUGAUGUAAUUUUACAUAAUUGCAAACACUGCCACUUGUAACUGAUGUACAACUUUUUAAUAAUUAAAUUCGCUUUUAGAAUCGUGUAGCAUAUGUAACGAGUGAUAAAUUGUAGAUAGGUUGUAAAUAACUUGUCAAUAUUUUUCUUUGUAAGAUUUUGAUGUAUUAAACUCCAAAUGAAAGGUGAUCUCAUAAUCUUUAAGUAGCACAUUUUUGUAAAUAAAUAAUCAAUUCUAAAUUAUUCUCAAACAUGAUGUUGAAAAUUCUGUAUCCAUAGUAAAGUUAUUAAUAAAUUAUUUUCUUGAAGACUAAAUAUUUUACUGCAAAAAUAUAGCUUGAUUCCAUGCAAAAUUUUCAACAUCGGCUCUCUUCUUACUACAGUAAAGAGUAUAGGUUUUUUCCUUGAAUUUAAAUCGUAAACAUAAUCAAAAUGGUAUGUUAAACUUUAAUUUAGAAGUUUUCUACUUGAUGAAAAUGAGCAAUGGUCAUUAAUUUAAUUCAUUGAGAUUGGUUUAUUUAGUCCAUUUACAUGGAAAUUUUAGUGAAUUCAUUCCUAUCUCACUAUUUAUUUUAAUCAUUCAAAUUUUUUAUUCAUUUGGAAUUUGAAACAAUUUUAUUCUGUUCAUGAAAUUUUUACACAAUGAAUUAUUUGUAAUUUGAAAUAUAAUUAUUUGUUUCCUAUAUAAUUAUUCCUCUUUUAAUUGAAUAUUACACACUGUUUUAUUUUAGUAAUUUGGAUGGAAUUUGUAGCGAAAAAAAUCGGAUAUAGUGCCUUGAGUUUCAUUCUACUUAUAUUUUCAUUUCGAUUUGAUCAUUUUAAAUUCCAAACCAUGUUUGAUUCCCUUGAUUUAAGUAAGCCAUCUUUCAGUGGUUGCAAGUUUUCUUGAGAAGAAUAAUUUCGAGCUGAAAUAAGAACUAAAAACUUGGUUCUUGUUCACGUUGGACCGGUUGUCUUAGCGAUUUGGUGUUCACAUUGACUGCCAGUGGGUUGACGCGGGUUUGACCUGUUCAAACCGUUUCAAAUUAUUUGAAACCGCGCCCUUGAAUUACAAGCUCCGCUUCUGGUUCGAUGUGAACACCUACUUCUCACUGAUACGUUUGACAUUGCGAGUUUUCAGAUUUGUUUUUUCAAAUCUUCAUAAGUAAUUCAGUAAAGCAAAUGAGUCAUAACCAUUGUGACGUACGGAGGAAGGUUGUAUAUUGCUGAAUCUUCAAUUCAGAGAAAGCAAAUCGAAAAAAUUUGUUUCAAUCGAUUCUCUUGGUAUAGAAUGAACAUCAGCUCGAAAUGAGUUAAUUUUCUUUUGGAUAUCUCGUCUCUUUCAUUCAUAAAUUUACUAACACUGCCAAAUUGUGAUAAAUAGUCCACUUUGAACGAUUAAAAAAUGAACCAGAUGAUUUAAUCGAUCCUGGGUUUAAAGGUGCCUUUUCAAACAACCUUUUCCUCAAGAGAUCGGAGGCAUAUAUUUUGCAUCAAGGCCAAGGAAGUUUAUUUUCAUCCUCAUCACCUGUUGUAAAUAAUAAAUUAAGGUGACUUCUAAAUUUUUUUUCCAGUAGGAGUGAAAGUACUUUAUAUUCAUGGAAAAGUCUGAUUUCUGAUUGUGUUACAUAAAUCUUAUGUUUACACUAGUUAGUAAGUUGUAUUUAUAUUUACAUGAUUAAAAAAAUACCAUUCAA